CACAAGCGUCUGGGGUGUGUGCCCCAAGUCACGCGGCGAAAUUUACCAAUAGAAUAGCACAGCGUUGUUACGCCACUUCCUGACCGGUAGUUUUGCGGGAAGUUCGGUAGUCCUUGAGUUUAACGUUUGUCUGCAGUUAACAAUAAAGUGAAGGUGUGUAUUCAUGUUAUAAUUCAGUAAAAUGUAAAGCGUCGUUUGCGUUCACAGUGUCGCAGAUAUUCAGGGGCGUUUGUUGUUAAACGUCGUCAUGCUGCAGAUGCCUCCUAAAGCCACGGCGCCAAGGAAGGGCAAAGCUCCAGCUAAGAGAAAACUGGCAGAGGAAUUCCCACCUGGAGAAAUACUGAAAGACACCGGGAAGAAGUCCUGGAAGCUAGGGACUCCAGUCGGCCAGGGCGGCUUUGGUCUCAUAUAUCUGGCUGAUGAGAAUUCAGCAAAACCAGUUGGUGCUGAUGCUCAAUAUGUCAUCAAAGUGGAGCCCAGUGACAAUGGACCACUGUUCUGUGAGCUCGCAUUUUACAUGCGAGCUGCUAAGCCUGAUCAGAUCCAGAGCUGGAUGAAGUCCCACAAGAUGAAAAGUCUUGGAAUUCCCAGGCACUGGGGCUCAGGUCUACAUGAGAAAGGAGGGAAAAGUUAUAGGUUCAUGGUUAUUGAUAGGCUUGGCACAGACCUGCAGAAGAAGUUUGAAGAAUGUGGAAAGAGGUUCCCCAGAAAACUGGUCCUGCAGCUUGGUCUUCGACUGUUGGAUAUUCUAGAGUACAUCCAUGACCAUGAGUAUGUGCAUGCUGACAUUAAAGCAUCCAACCUCAUGAUGAGCCACAGUGAUCCUAACCAGGUUUACUUAGCAGAUUAUGGGCUGGCGUAUAGGUACCAACCCGACGGUAUCCUCAAAGAGUACAAGGAAGACCCCAAGAGAUGUCACAAUGGUACCAUCGAGUUCACAAGCAUUGAUGCCCACAAGGGCGCAUCUGUAUCUAGGCGGAGCGACCUGGAAACCCUGUGGUACUGCAUGGUUCAGUGGCUUUGUGGUCGUCUGCCCUGGGAGGACAAGCUGCAGGACCCCCUCUAUGUCAGAGACUCCAAAAUCAAAUGUCAAGAAAACAUCUCCCAGUUUAUGACCAAGUGUUUCUCCUCUCAAGAGAAGCCAGUUGAAAUCCAGAACUUCAUGGAGGAGGUGAAAUCUCUGGGAUAUCAAGACAGACCGCCCUAUGAGAAGUUACGGUCCAUCCUGCAGGCUGGACUAAAGUCCAUGCAGGCUAAGGAUGAUGGCAAGCUGGAAUUCAUACCUGGCAAAGCAGGUCUAUCACCGCCUGCCAAGAAGACGAUCAAGAGAAAAAAAGCAGCAGAUGAAGAGACUGAGACGGAUGGAAGUCCUGUCAAGAAACAGAGAGUCACAAAGAAAAAAGAAGUGAACGGAGUUAAGAAGAGUCCCAAACAAACCAGACCAAGAAAGGUUCCCAGCACUGGCAAGCAGGGUGAUCCCAAAUCCAGACUGGUGGACAUAGGCACCCAAACCUCACCUGGACUCAACCAGAAGCCCAGAGGCAGACCCAAGAAAACCAGUGCCUAAAACAUCUGUCUACAUUCUCCACUCUACUUCCAUCCUCUUGUCCUUCUUAAAAGGUUUUAUAUGCUAUGAUUUUCUAUCUGUUAUGCACUGAUAGAUGUUGAUGUUUAAUUGUAUUUGGUGUGGUUGCCAGAUUUAUAGUAAUAAAGAAGAAGUUGUCAAUUUUUAUUUGUA